AUGGCACCUACAUAUAAGGAAGAUAGCUAUUUGAUUUUUCAGCCAGGCUCGGUGAAUACGCUUGCUAAGUUUGGAUUGGAAGAUCCACUUGGUCUACCAAGCCAUACUUUCGACACCAAAGUUUACAAGAAGAAGAACGAAAUGCUUGACGCUGACGGGGACCAAGAAACACUAUAUACUACAGAAAAUAAACAAGGAGAUGCGAAUGAGUAUGAGGAGAUCUUACCAAUUGUGCAAGGCCAAAUUGUUGAUAUCACUGCGUUGCAAGUCUUCCUAAAAUCUGUUUUGCAUGCUGUCUUGAAAGUUGAGAAGGAUGAAACUGUAGAGAAAGAGAAUGAAGAGAACGACAAUUCAGAGAAAGAGGCGAAAGAAGAGCUUGUGAUGCCACUAGAAAACGUCAACCUACUUAUCGUCCAAAAUUCUUCAAGAUGGAAUCCAUUUCAUGUGGAGUCACUUGUUAAAUAUGGAUUUGAGAAACUUGGUGUUCAUAGUGUAAGCGUAGUACCAAUUGAAUUGUGUGUUAUGUUUGCAUAUGGUUCUUUAGCUAAUGCCCUAGUUAUAGAUAUCGGGUACGAGAAAACCGAAAUUUUGCCGAUUGUGGAUUACCAAUUAUUUAGUCCAAGUAAGAAAGUUGUGUUCAAAGGUGGUGAUCACAUAAAUAAAUCAUUGAGCAAAUUGCUACCUAGUCUAAGUAAUGACCAGAUUGAAGAAUUGAAGAGGUCCUCUAUUUUUGAGUGUUUGAGUGAGGAAGAUGCAAAGAAGUCUUUCUUUGGGAUGGAAGGAUUGAUUGAAAAUAUAGAGGACGAUGAAAAGGAGGAUGAUGGUGUCUUGGAUAUUGCUGCAAUUGUUACAAGUGACAAAUCAACUCGUGAGAUUUUAGAAGACACUGACACUAAAAAUAAAAAGAAAGUCGAGACAAGGCCGAAUUCAGAAUUGGAGACUAACCAGUUCCAGGAUACUCAUGGAAACAUCAUCACUGUGGGCAAGGAGAGAUUCCAAGGAUGUAAUGAAUUGAUUGACUCGCUUGUAUUUCACAUCUAUCAUUGUUUGAGAAAAAUCCCCGAUUUGAAGAAAAGACAAGACUGCUAUGAUAAUAUAAUCUUUGCAGGUAAAACCAGUAAAAUAAAAGGUUUGAAGGAGAAAGUUAUGUUUCAUCUAUUCGAAAGAUAUGUGGUCCUCUCUGAUAACAAAUUGCUACAACCACAAGCACAAUUUAGAAAUGACGUUAGGCCUGUUGACGAUACUUCUCUGGGCCAGGUUCCAAGACAUUUGAAAAUCGUUCCUAAAGUGGAGUAUUUUAGUGAAUGGAAGAAAACAGGAUUUGAAGAUUGCUCAUUUCUAGGUGCGCAAAUCCUCUCUAAACAAGUAUUUACUGCAACAAAUGAGUUAUGCAUGACUAAGGACACUUACGAGGAAUCAGGGCCACUUGCUAUUUGGAAUAUUUGUUUAUAA